AUGCGCAUUAUGUGGCUGGAGCGGACCUUCACCACCCUACUGCGGGUCGAGGAGGACAGCCGCGUGCCGGACUGCCUCGUCACCACCUUUGACCUCGUGCGCAGCGACGUACUGUCGAAGUUCCACGGGUCAUGGCACCUGCGGCCCAUAACAGACCCGCAAACCGGGGAGGUGGUGGGCUGCAAGGGGGAGCUGCACCAAGACGUGCUGCCACGCGGCGUGCCUACGUUCCUGUCGCACCUGCCGCUCCUGGGCGGGCUGCUGCGCGGCGCGAGCCUCAACACCAUCCGGCGUCUGGUGGAUGACAUGAAGGCUCUGGUGGAGAGGGUGGUGGCCAGCGGCAAGUCUGUUGGGGAGGUGAUUGAUGAGGUGGCUGUGGAGAGGGGCCACGCACACCAGCACGGCGACAAGCAGGACUGGGGCGGCAACGAGGCCGUUGAGUCUUUCAGGAUCAGCGACGCCGUCAUCAGCGAUGACGAGGAUGAGGGCGGCCACAACCACCACCACCAGCAGCGGCAACAGCAGCAGCAGCAGCAGGAGGCAGCGGCGCCCGGAGGCGCCGAGGCCGGCGGCGGCGGCGGCGCCGACGCCGGCGCGCCCGCAGUGGCGGUUGAGGCGAAGGCGUGA